UAAUUUAUCAUCGUCCACUGAGCGCACCGAAGAAUUAAUAAUGAAAGUUGCUGUGUUAGUUCUUGCGAUUAUUUGCUUCGUUUCUGUUAAUUCGUCAGCUUUAAAAGCGAAACAAGAUGGAUUUGAUAACCAGGGUUAUGUUAGAAGGAAACGAUAUUUGGGUCUAAAGAAGCUGUACAAGCUGAACAAACUGUACCAAGAAUGUGUUGCGCCUGGCGAUAGCAAGGGCCAUUGCAAGCACUUGACUUUUUGUGAAAUCGACGUCCUGAAGAUUACUGGGAAUUCCUUAGAUUAUCUAUGCAUUAUUGAAAAGACACAUGUCGGAGUUUGCUGUCCGGAUGAUAUUGCAGUCAGCGGAUAUACCGGAGCGCAAUUGAUUAUGAAUUUGCCCGCAGGUGGUAAUGAUUACGAGAAAGAUGAUAAUAUAACAGGAUGCGGCAUCCCGAUCGAAGGCAAAUCCGUGACCGAGACAAAAACGUCUUCGAUCCAAGAGUGGCCGUGGAUGGCCGCUUUGUACAGGCCUAAACAAAUGUCCGAGGGCAUCGAACAACAAUUCUGUGGCGGAGCCGUCAUCACAGAUUCCCACAUAUUGACUGCAGCGCAUUGCACAAAUAAUUUAAAGGCGCAAGACAUCCAUGUACGUCUGGGCGAAUACGACUUCAAGAAGAACAACGAGACGCGUUCCAUGGAUUUCCCGGUGGCCGAAAUAAUCCAACAUCAGGAAUUCGUCGAGGCGACAUACGCAAACGACAUAGCGAUCCUGCGAUUGGAGAAGCCGACCACGUUUAAUUCCUACAUCUGGCCAAUUUGUCUUCCGCCGCGUCGCAAAGAUUUCGAGGACGUAUACGCCGUGGUUGCUGGAUGGGGCCAAUUAUAUUAUUCUGGACCAUUGAGCCAUGUUCUGCUCCAAGUCGCCGUGCCGGUUUGGCCCCACCAGAAAUGUGUCGAUGCGUUUAUACAGACCAUAACCGACGAUAACUUGUGCGCUGCCGCCUAUGAGGGUGGCAAGGACUCUUGUUUGGGCGAUUCAGGUGGGCCAUUAAUGUAUCAACUGGAGAACGGUCGGUGGGUGGCCAUUGGAAUAGUUUCGUGGGGAAUUGGAUGCGGUAUAAAAGGCAACCCUGGAGUUUACACCAAAGUGAAUAAUUAUCUUCCCUGGAUUAUUCAAAAUACCAUCGCAAAAUAGGAUUUACAUUUACUGUGUUUCAAUCAAUAUUCAAUAAAUUUGUAUAAAUAAACUUAAUUAAUUA